GCGCUGCCCAGCCGUGCCCGCCGGUUUCCCCGGAGCGCGGCCAUGGCGGGCGCGGCGCGGCGCGGGGGCAGCGCCGUGUGCCGCUCCCGGGACCCCGCCGUGUACCGCUCCCGGGACCCCAUCCGCAACCUGCGCCUACGGGUCCGUAUCCAGCGGGUCUCGCCGGCCGGGCCUCUCCUGCCGCGGGUGCCGCCGCCCGCCGGCCCCGAGCGGCCGGGCCGGGCCGACCGCGCCGCCGACGCGGGAGCGGUGCCGCUGCGCGUUACCGCGGCCUCUCGCGCAGGCGCCCAGAGACCCCGGGAGGACGAGGAGGAGGAGGUCGAGGUGGGGUGGCAGGAGAAGCUCUUCAGCCAGUUUGAGGUGGAUCUGUACCUGAAUGAGUCAGCCUGCCAGACUCCCCUGGACUGGCAGUACCAUGAGGAGAUCCGGAAACUGGAGAAGGCUGGAGGUCGGAAGAACUGUCGCAUCUUCACCUACACUGACCACGACCGAUUCACCAACCUAGAGGAGCUCUGCCAGAAGGUAACUGACUCGGAUCAUGAGGUGCCAUCGUAUCUGGUUGAGAGGAUGGCCAAUGUGAGGAGGAGAAGACAGGACCGUAGGCCUGUAGAAGCAAGUUCUCUGAAGUCAAAAAUCAUCACCUGGGAACCUUCAGAAGAAUUUAUAAAGAACAAUCAUGUAAUUAACACACCUGUGCAGACCAUGUACAUCAUGGGGGACUUGGGACCUUAUGGGAAGCUUGGUCACAGGGAGUAUGAAAAUGUGCUGUGCACAAUCAAGGUGGAUGGCAAUGGGGUGAUCACAGUGAAGCCUGACUUCACGGGCACCAAAGGAGCUUACCGGAUCGAGCUGGAUGGAGAGAAGCGAGAGGUGUGGGAAUACACUAUUGAGAAUGCAUCUGCCCAGGUGCAGCCAGAGGAGGAGGAGCGUGAGCAGCGUGUGUUCAGAGAGCUGUACGGGCGGCACAGGGAUUACCUCAAUGGGCUCGUGGGCUCAGACUUUGAAAUGCCUCUUCCUGGUACUCUGAGACUUUUCGUGAAUGGAGAAAUAGUUUCAGCUCAAGGCUAUGAGUAUGACAACCUUUAUGUGCAUUUCUUCCUGGAGCUGCCUGACCAGUGGUCAAGCUCCCCGUUCCAGCAGCUCUCAGGAGUGACGCAGACCUGUGCCACCAAGGCAGUGGGCUUGGACAAUGUGGCAUACUUCUGCUACCCCUUUACUGUGGACAUAUUUUACACCCAAGAAGAUGAAGAUAGUCUCCCUCAGUGGCCUGUUCUCUACUUUGAGGUCCUCUCCCUGGAUUUCUGGCAGAGGUAUCGUGUGGAAGGAUAUGGGUCCUUGGUGCUGCCAACAUGUCCAGGUGUCCACAUGCUCACCAUCCCUACCUGGCGUCCUGUGGGUCUGGGACCUGUUGCUGAAAUGAGGAGGUUUUUCAUUGGGGGAUCUCCUGAGCUGGAGGAUUUAACCUACGUCCGGAUACCAUCGACCUUCAAGGGAAAGCGCUUGAGCCGCUUUGGCUUCCGGACAGAGACCACAGGGAGCGUCACCUUCCGGCUCUAUUGCCUGCAGCAGUCCAGAGCCUUUGUGGAGAACAGUGCCCUGAGACAGCGCAUGCAGAGUGUACUGGACCGACUGGGAGGCUUCAGCCAGCAGAGCUCUGUCUACAAUGUUUUGGAGGCUUUCCAGCGGGCUCGGCGCCGGAUGCAGGAAGCGCGGGAGAGCCUUCCCCAGGACCUCAUCAGCACUUCUGCCUCUGCUGUGCCCCAUCCCCUGGAGCCCUGAGCGUCACCUCUGCUGCUGCUUGGAGCACUUGGCGUCCUCCCUCCAGCACAAGCUCCCACCCCUCAGCAGGAGUCCCAGUGCUGGUGCCUGGAAGCUUCAGAAGCCCUUCCUUUGUGGUUUUCCUUGGAUGGAGGAGAGAGCUUGUAACACCUCCAGACCCAGAAUUUGCAUUUCCACGAGUAUCUGUGGAAGGAGCCCAGUUUUUCAAGGCCUGUUGUUACCAGGCUCUAACAAUACAGCCAGUUUUUCACAUUUCUUCUGAAAUACUGGCAUGGAACCUGUGAACCCUGUAACACCUUUUCAGGGAUUGAAAAGGAAAUAAUGAGAAAAAUUGUACAUUUAGUUUUCUUCUUAGAGAAGAGGGUGAUGUUGAAGGCCAAGGCAUGGAUGCUUUUUGAGAUUAAUGGAAUCAAUAGAUAACUUCUUGAGAAAUGCUGAUAAUUGUUAUUAGCUGUUGUGUACAGGACAAUCAAUAGUAAAAUUAAUCCAUCCACCUCUACCUUAAGACUAAUUCAUUCCUAGAGAGAGAGCUCUCUGCCACAUGUAAUAUAAGAAAUUAAAGCAAAGAAAGACAGAUGGAGAACAGGACAAAAGGAUUACAUUCUGCAUUUUCUUGUGUGCCCAUAAGGCCUGGCUCUGCAGUGGUGAGCAGGAAGUUUCUUUGUUCAGGAGCACAAUUGAAAACACACCUUCCCCUCAGUUCACCCCAGAGCUUUAGGGGUUGGAAGGUUUGCAGACAGUGAGAGCAGUUGAUAACAUUUGCACAGCAGCUGAACUUUGAACUGCUCAAGCUGUUCAUUUGAGGUUGAUAUUUGUUGGUGGUUCAUUGUUGCAUCUCUGAUUGCAGAACACUGUGGUGCUUCCUGGGAAAGCUUGUGUUUACCCACUCUUUA